AUGAGCAAUGAUUUGCCUGUUCUGACAAGUCUGACCGAGAACUCCACUGAUGUGCCUGUGUCGGCGGGCCAGGUGGAGAACUAUGUGCUGCUGUUGGUGCUGCUGAGUGUUUUUGCAGGGGGGACGCUGGUCCUGCUCUCCCUGCUGCUCCUCUUCUGUCACCGCUGCUGCAUGGGUGGACGACGCUACUCCAGAGCCAGCGAUGACCUUGAGAAGACAAACACCACCUAUGCUGAGGAUUCUCAGCCCACCCAAGAGAUCACCAUUCAUCUGGAUGAAUCAGACGCUCUCUCAGCUUCGAGCUGUCAUGAUGGAGAGUCAGAGCGAUUUGUCUCCACUGGGUCCACUGGCCGCAGAGUCUCCUUCAAUGAAUCGGCACUUUAUGAACAGAAGACGACACAGGACAAGGGACGCAGGUACACUCUGACUGAGGGAGACUUCCACCACCUGAAAAAGGCCCGGCUGACCCACCUUCACCUGCCUCCGGCCCAGUGUGACCUGAAGAUCCUCACCAUCAUGGAGUGUGACUCAACAGAGAGCAGCACCAUCAACAUCUGUGAGACUGCAGCUCCCACACUGCCCCUCAGCAUCUACCAGCCCACUGAAAGGAGAGUGCCUGACUGGAUGGGACAGAGCACCAGUGGAGGUCUACCAGGAGACCCGCACCACUCCACCAUAUUGGACCAUGGGCCAAGACGGACCUCAUCAGCCAUGAAAGCACAGCACACACGGUCCCAGACAAUGGAGACUGUCAGGGACAGGGGAAAUGCUGAGAGCGAAAGGGGGAUGAGAGGAGAGCUGACUCAAGCUCCAGGCCAGACUUCAGUUUUACAUUUCUUCUCUAAACUGCGGCGCCAUGCCAGUCUGGAGGGGGCAGGGCCUUACUUCAGGAGGUGGAAGUUUGACAGCAGUCACCGGGCUGCCAGCCUGGAUGCCAAAGGAUCCCCGAAGAGGAGGCCCUUCCAGAGACAGAGAGCAGCAAGUGAAACCACUGAUCACACUGAAUAUGACUCUUCUCCUGUCCGAGAUGAGGUCAUUGAAUCCUUCCCACACACUCCCAUCCAGUCCAGUGGCCUCCAGUCCCUCUCUGCAGAGACUCUAUCUCACCCCGCCACUGCACCCACGCCCUCAGUCUUCCUCAGCAGGUUAAAACUGGAGGCCAUGGUGGAGGUAGGCGGUGGCAGCAGCAGUCCCAGAAGAGAGGAUCUCUGUUCGCCAACAAAUAAUUGUUGCGCCCUGGCGCGUGAGGAGGCCACAGCCAAUGGAACAGGAGUAGAAAAAGAAACAAAGUUCGGCGCAGUUACAAGAACAGAUGCAGCAGGAGUUGAGCUAGAAUCAGUAGACGAUGAAAAUUUGUUUGGAGCUCAACAAGAAGCUGCCAUACAGGAAGAUUUUGAAGACAUGUUAAGGAAAUCUAAAGACACAAAGACAGACAGCAUGACAUCAGAUGUGAGAAAAAAGAGUGAGGAAGAGGUAGAUGACGGGGAUGAGGUGGUAUUGGGAGCUGAGGCCAGGCAAAGGGCAGACUCAGGCUCAUCUUUUUCCUUCAUAAUUCGCCAGGAGACCUCAGAGGCUCCUCCCUCCCUGUACAGAGACAUAUGGAGCUUACGAGCCUCUCUGGAGCAAUACGCCUCCUCAGACCAUAGCAGCACAGAUCGGGAGUCCAUCCGUAGCGAUGCGGACAGCGUCUCAUCCCUCAGCGGUGCAGGAGUGCGCUCUGGCUUGGAUAGCUGCUUGUCCCAAGACCUGGACGAUGAGCCUGAAGGAGACGGGGAGGGAGAGGUGCCGGAGGGAGGGAUCAGAGGGGCAACAGGUGGUUACAGUGAGAUGGGAAGCGGAGCUGGAGGAGAGGGUGAGGCAGGGAACCGUAAGCUCCUACAGAUGGAUAGUGGGUACGCCUCCAUUGAAGCACCAUCCAGGGCGCCUGAGGAAAUGCGGCUUUUUGGGACCCCUGGAGCUCCUCGAGGGAAGACAGCAUCUGAGAGAAGGUUGUUCUUCACCAGCUCUGGGAGGAAAGGUUCAGUGUGUGAGAGCAUCGAGGCCAAGCUGUUUCAGGAGGAGCUGGAGGAAGAGAUGGCAGACUGCACAGAGACGGUCAAACUAAAAGAGAGACCUCAAACUGGCAGCCAGUCUCUUACCCUUCAAGAACCAUAUCAACUUUUGAAAGCCCUUCAUCCUCAGAAACCUCCAGAAUCACAAUCACAGCUGAUGUCUCCGCUCAUGAAGACAAUCCCACAGCCCUCCAGUUCCCACCAACCUCGUCUCCGCCGUCGUGACUACAGCAUCGACGAGAAGACGGACGCUCUUUUCAAUGAGUUUCUCCGUCACGAUCCACGGUUUGACCAGCAGGAUUCUCCACAGCGCUCCAGGCAUCGAUCCAGAGUUCACCUACGGAAACAGUGGCAGAGACACAAGCAAUACAGCGACCCAGGUUCAGGCGCUGGGGGUAGGUACUCUCCAUCUUUGGAGAGGCAGAGGUUCACUCCGCUGCGAAGAGGUGACAGCGCCGGUUACCCUCUGGACACCAGGUAUCACAGCACACUCUCACGUAUUGCGAGUGCUGCCGAUGAAGAAGCCAGUGAGGUUGCAGCUUGCGAGGAAGUGGCCAAAGAGAGCACAGAGAACAAAGAUCCAUCAAGUGAAGGCGCUACAGGCGACGCCACAGAAAGUACAGACAAAGCAACCCCUGAGGCAACAAAGAGUUGUGCAGGGUCGAAUGGUGACGGUGAUGGCUGCCAAGUCUCCACAAAAAAGGACACAGAAAGCACAACUAGUCAGUCUUUGACCACUGUGACUGCAGAGAAGACCUACAUGGAUCCACGAGUCGACAACAGAAACAACAACAGUAGUCAAGCUAUUCUAUCAGAGGUUUCCCUGCAGGAAGAGAGCAGCCUGAAAGACAAGCUGGUCACAUCAGUGGAAGAGAGGCUCUACGGUGGCCUGCGCAGUGCAGAGAAGCUCGGCCACGAAGGAACAGAGCAUGUGCUUACAGUGUCUCACACAGCCUCACCUGGCUUCAGUCCCAUAUAA